AUGGAAAAGGUCCUUGUCCUUCUGCUCGUUGCCCUCGCCGUAGCCUAUGCGGUUCCCGACCCCCGGGGAAUCAUAAUCAACCUGGAUGAGGGCGAGCUCUGCCUGAACAGUGCCCAGUGCAACAGCAAGUGCUGCCACCGGGAGGACGGCCUGAGCCUGGCUCGCUGUGCACCCAAGGCCAGCGAGAACAGCGAGUGCUCCGCCUUUACGCUCUAUGGGGUUUACUACAAGUGUCCCUGUGAGCGGGGCCUGACCUGCAACGGUGACAAGACCAUCGUGGGCUCCAUCACCAACACCAACUUCGGCAUCUGCCUUGAUCUCGGACGUGCCACAGAGUAA